CCAGAUCCCGCCCGCUCGGUCGCGAGCCCCGGACGCAGGCCUCGGCGGGGGGCUGGGAAGGGACUUGGCACCCUUCCUGCCACACUCCUUUCUGCCCAGAAAAAAGUGCCCUGAGCGUGCUCCUUGCUCGAAAUUGCGCGCUUACUCGGGGCCGGGCUCUCGGCUGACCGCUUCCAGCCUGACGGCCACCCCCAGGCGACUGAAAUCGUCCUCCUGUGCAGAUGAAGAAAUAGGGGCACGCAGAGGAGCAAAUUCGUUGUCAACUUGCUGAGCGCUUCCGUGCGCCAGGCCUGAGGAUGCCGCCGUGAACCAGACGGCGAACCUCGGCUCUUGAGAUACUCAGUGGAGGGGAGACAGAGGAGAAUGCAGAAUUGUGGGGGAAUAGGAAUUUCUUUGUUGCUACGGGGCAUCAAGCUUUCUGUUUUUCUCUCUGGAUUCAGAAGCCUCAAAGGGCCAUUCAUUCAUUCAUCCACCUACUGUGUGGCAGACGUUGAUUUAAGGCUUGGGGGCUCAGGGUGAACAAAAUAGAUAAUAAACCUCUCUCUCAUAGAGCUGACAUUCUAGUUGAGAAGAUAAACAAGUAAAUGAAUAAAAGAAUCUGAGAGUGUGAUAAGAUGCUGUGGAACACGUAUAAUACAGUGCUGUGAUAGAAAGUGAUGGGAAGGCAGCUUCUUUAGAUAGGUAGGCAGGGAGGGCCUCCCGGAGUAGGAGGCAUUGGAGCUGAGAUAUCGUUACUCACAAGAGGUGGGCUUGCUAAGAUCUAGAAAAGAGCUUCCAUGUGGCAGGAAUAGCAAGUGCAAAGGCCCUGAGACAGGAGUGAGCUGGUGUGGUCAUGAUCAGUGUAGGGGGAGAGAAGUGAAAGGGAGGUCAGAGAGAUAGGUAGGGGCUAGAUUGUGCAGGGCUUGGGAGGCCAUAGUGAGAAGUUUGGAUUUUAUUCCAAAUGACAUGGGAGGCUGGAGAAAGGUUUUAAGCUGGGGUGGGACAUGGCCUGAACUGUGUUUUAAAAACUCAUUCUAGAUUGUUCUGUGGCGAAUCAUAAUAGCUAACAGUGGCUGUAAGGUAGGCAGGCAUAUGAGGUAAGUAUGACUAUUAGCCCCAUUUAUAGAUGGGGAGGCUCAGAGAGGUUAAGUGAGCUGCCCAACGUCACACAGCUAUGGAGAUAGAACCCCAGCCCUCUGGCUCCAGUCUGCAUUCCUAACCACUGUACCACCCAGCCUCUCCUGCACAGGGUAAUGGUACAGCUGGUGACCAACUCCAGCUCUGGCUGCUUGGUGCUCUUAAUCGCCAAGGCACUCUGCCACAGAGCCUGAGGAAAAGGGAGGCCCAGAGAGGUCAAGGUCCUCCCAAGGACACUGAACUUGGCCCUGGCCCGUUGCACCUGUCCCCUAUUCCUUUGCUGCCUCCUAAGUUAACUCAGCAGCUGCUUACUGAGCAUUUACUAUGGGCAGAGCUGGGGCUGGGUGGUAGUUGCAGGGGGGAACAAAAUAACUGGCACUAGGCUCCAUCCUCCCCAGGGUUCCCAGGCUGCUUUCUUCAUGGCAGGUCCAGAGAUUGGGCCUGUUUACAGAUUUGGGGUCAGAAAGACCUGGGUUCCAGCCCCCAUCCUUCCACUUCCCAGAUGCAUUUAGUCAACCUCUCUGACUUUAUUUCCUCAUCCAUGAAACGGCCACUAUAGAGUACCCUCUCACAGGGUGGCCAUGAGAAGGACAUGAGAAAAGGAAUGUAACGUGCUCCGCUCACCACCUGCACGUGAUAAAUGGUCAGUUAAUGUGAGCUUUUGUUUUUUAAUCACACCCAACAUUGGGGUCAGACUGUCGAGUUCAGAUCUCUGCUCUCUCACUUGCAAACUGUCACCUUGGGCAAAUGUCUUCGCCCCUCUGAGCCUCAGUUGCUUCAUCUGUAAAAUGGGAAUGACAACAGUGCCAUGUCAUAGAGUUGCUACAGGGACUAAGCCAGUGGUACAGGCAUGGCUUCUGGAAGAGGAGGGGGCGGCUGGCUGUCCGGAGUGCUCUGUGCUGUUAGCUGUGUUGGGACGUUUGGAAGCCAGCCUUCGGGGUGAGGAUGUUUGCAUAGUUGGGUUUCAUCCCAGCUUCUCCCUGGAGCUUCGGGGGAAGCCAUGGCAGGUCUCUGGUGGGGGAGGGACCCAAUGCAUCGUGACUGCUGGUUGAGAGGCUGCUCUAGUGUCACCGACAGAAGGCAUCCUGGGACUUGCAGCUGGUGAUACGUGAACCCCAAACCUGGGUUCUUUCCUCUCCACCUGCCCCCUCCUUCUCCCUCCCUCCACCGUGAGGGGCUUAGAGGAUUAAGGGACCUCCUCUAGUGUGAGACAGCUUCACUACAAUCUAUAUUUGGACAGGUAAGUCACAGAAAGGGAGAGCAGUUCCUAAACCCGGGCCAGGCUGUCCUAAUUUGGGGGCUAGGAUUUACUCCACGUCCUGUGCAUGGCCACUUCCAGGCCUGAACCCCCCCAGAUGCUCAAGGGCUACCAUCCUUUCUUUCUGGAUUCCCUACGUCCCCAGAGUUCAUUCCUGCCUUCAAUCGUCGGUUUAUUCAACAAUUAUUUACUGAGUGCCUGCCAUCUGCCAGGAAAUAGCCUCAGCAUCAGGCAGACAGCUAAACAAACAGACAGUUCCUGUUCCUUCGGGGCUGACAUUCUGGUCAGGGAGACCAACAAAUACAUAGAAUAUAUAGGUAUUUCAGAUGGUGAUAAGUGCGGUGGAGAAAAACAAGCAGGGGAGGGGGAUUCGAAGUGCUGGAUGCUGUGGGGAGGUGGCACCUUUGAGUAGAGGGCCAGGGAAGGCCUCCCGAGAAGCUGAGGUUUGAGUGAAGAUCCAGGGGAGGCGGGGGCACACAUUGGCAUGGAGGGGGAGGGCUGCCCCAGCAGAGGUGACAGCUGGUACAAAGCCUUGAGUCGAGAUGCCCUUGGAGCGAGGAGGAACAGCACGGAGGCUGGUGUGGCCGGAGCGGCGUGAGAGGAUGCAGGCCCUGCAGGGCCCUGAAGGCCACUGGAAGGACUGUGGCGUUUUUCAGAGUGAAGUGGGAGCCUGGGGGGCUCUGAGCAGAGUGACAUGGGCUGCUUAGGCUGUCACUGGAUCCCUCUGGCUGCUGGGUAGCUUUUUUUCAGGCUCAGCUGUAUCUGACACCACCCCCGGAAUGCCACGUGGUGAUACCAUCCUGGUCCCCGACCCAGUCCUUGGUUCAUUGGGCUCGUUGAGCCCGUCUUGCGUGUCAGAGUGGGGCCGGGGCCCUGGGGCACAGAGACAGUGAGUCUCCAUCCCUGCCCCGCCCAGUUUAAUAAGGCGACACGUUGACGAACUCGUGAUACGGUGUGAGCAAAUGAAGGAGAAGGCAGAGUUGGUUGGAAGAGAAAAAUGUGGUUUGGAAAGUUGAGGAAGAUGUAUGGGAAUUAGGGGCUGUCUUAAACUAGCUUACCCAAAAAAAAGUAUUUUUGGUCACCAAAAAGUCCAUGGCGUCAGGCAUGGUUGGAUCUAGGGGCUCAAGCAGUGUUGUCAGGAAUCCCUCAUGGAGGAAGACGGCCCCCCGCUGCUCCAGGCAGGUGAACCACCAGCUUAGCACCCUCAGUGAGCUAACGCCCCCAGGGCUGAGCCAACCCUCCCUGGCCCAGGUUCAGCCACGUGGCCCUCACUGCUGCCCAGGGCCCAGGAACCCGCUGGUUGGUCAGAUCUGGGUCACAGACACAACCCUGGAGCUGGGCGGUGGCGGUCCGCGUGGGGAUGGUCCUUUCUCCCCAGAUCUGGAGACUGAGAGACAGAGGACAGGGAAGGGCAGCUCCCCAACAGAGAACGGGGAUGAAUGCCAAGUAACAGACGUGUUAACUGGAGGCCCUUCGGGAGGUGACCCGCGAGCUGGGACCCGAGAGGCUGAGUGGGCAUUUGGGAAUGCAGGCGGUUCAAGCAGAUGGACGAGCACAGGCAGAGGCAGAGCAGCAUGAAAAUCUGCGGCCGCCCCCUACCGCUCCUGCCCUUGUGUGCCUCCGUGUCUUUGCUAGGUGGCCUGACCUUUGGUUAUGAACUGGCAGUCAUAUCAGGCGCCCUGCUGCCCCUGCAGCUUGACUUUGCGCUAAGCUGCUUGGAGCAGGAGCUCCUGGUAGGCAGCCUGCUCCUGGGGGCUCUCCUCGCCUCCCUGGUAGGGGGCUUCCUCAUGGAUCGCUAUGGCAGGAAACAGGCCAUCCUCGGGAGCAACUUGGUGCUGUUGGCAGGCAGCCUGAGCCUGGGCCUGGCUGGCUCUCUGACCUGGCUGGUUCUGGGCCGCUCAGCAGCUGGCUUCGCCAUCUCCCUCUCCUCCAUGGCCUGCUGUAUCUACGUGUCAGAGCUGGUGGGGCCACGGCAGCGGGGAGUGCUGGUGUCCCUCUACGAGGCAGGCAUCACCCUGGGCAUCCUGCUUUCCUACGCGCUCAACUAUGCACUGGCCGGUGCCCCCUGGGGCUGGAGGCGUAUGUUCGGCUGGGCUGCUGCACCUGCUCUCCUGCAAUCCGUCAGCCUCCUCUUUCUCCCUGCUGGUACAGAUGAGGCUGCAGCCCACAAGGACCUCAUCCCUCUCCAGGGAGGUGAGGCCACCAAGCUGGGCCUGGGGAGGCCAAGAUACUCUUUUCUGGACCUCUUCAGGGCACGGGAUAACAUGCGAGGCCGGACCACAGUAGGGCUGGGGCUGGUGCUUUUCCAGCAGCUAACAGGGCAGCCCAACGUGCUGUGCUACGCCUCCACCAUCUUCCGUUCUGUCGGCUUCCGUGGGGGAUCCUCAGCUGUGCUGGCCUCCGUGGGGCUUGGCGCGGUGAAGGUGGCAGCUACCCUGGUCGCCAUGGGGCUGGUGGACCGAGCGGGCCGCAGGGCCCUGUUGCUAGCUGGCUGUGCCCUCAUGGCCCUGUCAGUCAGCGGCAUGGGUCUUGUCAGCUUUGCUGUGCCCAUGGACUCAGGCCCAAGUUGCCUGGCCAUGCCCAAUGCCACCAGGCUCCCAGGCCUCCCUGGAGACUCUGGCCUGCCAAGGGGCAUAUCGCCACCUCCACUGCCAACAACCGGCAAGAGACGAGGGGAGCCAGUCUGGUCAACCUCUGAGAAGACCAAGCCUCGUGCUGGAGCUGGGAACCCCACAACCCCUCCCCUGCCAGCCCUAGGCACCACCUUCCCCGUGUCCCCGUCUCCUGCUCCGGAGUGGGUCCUGCUGCACUGGACCGCGCUGCUCUGCAUGAUGGUCUUUGUGAGCGCCUUCUCCUUUGGGUUCGGACCAGUGACCUGGCUUGUCCUCAGUGAGAUUUACCCGGUGGAGAUCCGAGGGAGGGCCUUCGCCUUCUGCAACAGCUUCAACUGGGCCGCCAACCUCUUCAUCAGCCUCUCCUUCCUCGACCUCAUCGGCACCAUCGGCUUGUCCUGGACCUUCCUGCUCUACGGGCUGACCGCCGUCCUCGGCCUGGGCUUCAUCUAUUUAUUUGUCCCUGAAACGAAAGGCCAGUCACUGGCAGAGAUAGACCAGCAGUUCCAGAGGAGACGGUUCGCCCUGAGCUUGGGCCACAGGCAGAGCGCCGCUGGCGUCCAGUACAGCCGCAUCGAGGUCUCGGCGGGCUCCUGACGAGCCCGUCUGCCUGGAAGAUGCUGGAAGCACGGCUUUGGCAGACAGUCUCCAGCUUCCGGCUCACCGAGGCCCCGGAGUACAAGUUCCACGUGGUCCUUCAAAAGCUGUCUGUGCUUCAGAAGAGGCUUUUAUUGCUGGGAUGAAAGUCUGAGAACCCACAAGCCUUCAUUUUGAGUCUCGGGCUCUGAGGGUUGCUGAGGAUCCACUUUCUUGCCUCAGUUUCCCCGAUGACGGUGCAUCCCCGCGGUACUUAUAAGGAGAACAUCUCAUGGAGCCCCUGUUGCUCCAUGGCUUUCUCAGAGGGUCUCUGGGGUGCCAACCCCGGCAGGAAGUCUCUCCUGGGAUCACUUCUAGAUCCAGCUGAGGGUACCAUAUUACUCCGCUCUCUUUUUUCCACCUUCCUGGGACUUUUUGGUGAGAAGGAAACCUGCGUUUUGGUUCUUAGUUCUCAGUUUUGGUCAACGCCUCUAAUUCUCAUUCCCAGAAUAUUUAUCAUCCACCAGCAACUCAGACUGAGUUCUAGUUCUGAUUCUGCUGGUGUUAUUGCUCUAUGACCAUGGGCCUCAGUUUCCCCCGUAUGUACAAUGGGCGACCUGGACCAAGCAGUUCUUAAGAUCUCUUCUGACGCCAGUGAGCCGGAAUUCUAAAUGCUGGUAAUACAACAAAUAGCCAACAUAGGUCCUGCUUUCCGAUUGCUGGUCAUCUCUUUGGGGGAUAUAUGUUUUAAUUAGGGGAGAGGUAAAUGGGAUUCCAAAGUUGGGUGCACUAAAAUCCAGGAGCCAUCACAGUGCAUGCGGGAGCUGUUCCCAGGAUGGUGUGGGAGGGCUUUGCACAGAGGAGGUGGGUUUGGAGGCAGACCUACCUGCUUGCCCGUGUGGCCUCCACCUCUUGGCAGCUGUUGACCUUGGGUAAGUAAUGACUCCCUCAAGCCUCAGUUUCGGCAUCUGCAGAAUGGGGAUGGUUUUGCCGCUGUGGGUGUAUUUAACCCCUGUCUCCCUUCAGGAGGGUCUUCAGCUGGUCCCAUUUGGCUAGCCAGGGCAUGGGGGAUCUCUGCUCGCCCUGUUACCCAGGUCCUCACCUUUGGGACAUUGUAAAGGGUCGUCCCCCAAGGGGUGAGUCAAGUGGAGAUUGAGGCCAGAGGUCACUAAAGGCAGACUGGCGGGAAGGAGUUCCUGGAUGCUGACGAGACUGAAGAGCUGGCACAGAUCCAGGGUGCUGGCGUCACCCGGCCUGCUCCCGUGGGCGUGAUGCAGCCCGCACAGGACCGUGGCCCCUCGACUUCUCCUCUCCUCUCGUGUCUAGAUGCUUCCCUCAUAUCCAGUGCUGUACUACAGCUGGCUCAUGCUGGCUCCUGAGAGCUGAUGGUUGAAUUUUCAGAAUUUUUGCAAACUGGUGGUUAAACACAGCCAUUGAAAAAAUUAAAUUAUUUAAACUUAUAAUUAAAUAAAUUAUAUUGAAAACAAAGGUAUUAAAAACUAAAAACUCAUCACUUCCUUAUCUUACUACAUUUUACUAUUAUCCGUGCUCUUGAGGUUAUUUGCGUCUAUUAUAUCUUACGCGUUCAAUGACGUCACGUGGGUCACUGGAAACUGGCCGUGGGGAGUGUAUUUGCACCACGGGGACUAAGGAACACUACACAUCAGGGCUUGGUUUCUUGAUUUUCCAGUCUUAAGAAGGUUGGGAUGGAUAAAACGUUCAAUUAAACUUAAAAGUGUGUCUGUAGCCAAUACCUUGUGAAUGGCACAAAAGAUGGAGAGAAUAUUGUUCCAGGGUUCGAACACUUACCCAGUUCAGCAAACACGUUGCUCCUGUACGGGAUGAAGGAGCUCUGUUGUACAUCUUCAUUGUUUUACUUUCGUCUUACUCAUUAAUGUAAACAAAAGUUGCGGCCCACAUUCAUGUCAGAGCUACACCUGUCCUUCAGCGAUCUGAGUGACUUCUUUGCCAAGUUGUCUUGUUGUCAGCCAUUCAUCGGUAGUCAGAUUUUGUCAAAUCGUGGCUAAAUUGCAGCAAUAGUGGGUUUUGGCCUCAAGAGAUUGGCAAAAAAUGAGCUAAAACAUUCUGUGAGAAUUAUUUGGCUCUAUGGAAUUUAUAAUAAAGAAUAUUUACAAUGAAA